CUGAAACUGAAACAGCCCGUCAUCUACCAUUCGCCCGCCGCAACGCUCCCUGCUCGGAACAGCCUGCGUUGCUCGCCCACACGACGCCACGCAUGCAGGAGGAGCCAGGGCGUCGUCCCGUGCCGCCGUUCGCGGGCGUGGACCUCCGCCGCCCCAAGGGCUACCCCGUGGCGGUUGCCAAGGAGGAGGAGAGGCCGGCGCCGGGCGGCGACCCGUGCCCGCGGUGCGGGUCGCGGGACACCAAGUUCUGCUACUACAACAACUACAACACGUCGCAGCCGCGCCACUUGUGCAAGUCGUGCCGCCGCUACUGGACCAAGGGCGGGUCCCUCCGCAACGUCCCCGUCGGGGGCGGCACGCGCAAGAGCAGCAGCAGCAGCAGCUCCUCAUCAUCCUCGGCGACGACGACGUCAACCUCGCCCGGCGCCGCGCCCAAGGCCACGAAGCGGUCGAAGAACUCCAAGCGCCGCCGCGUCGCGCCUGCCCCGGACCCCGCCGCGCCCGGCACGGACGCCUCCACCGCCGACGUCGCGAGCACGGCACCGUCCGCAGCGACGGUGACUGCCUCGGAGAAGCCGAGCGCGACGGAGCACGCAGCGGCGGCUGUCGCCACGGAGAAGCCGCCGGCCGCGCUUCCGGUGUCCGUCGGCGCUUUCGCGGACACGUCCCCGGCGCCAGAUGCUGGGAGCGGCGGCGUUAGGGAGCUGCUGCCGCACCCGAGCCGCUUCGAGUGGCCGUCGGGCUGCGACCUGGGGCCGCCCUACUGGGGCUGGGGCACCAGCGUGUUCGCCGACACCGACCCGGCGCUGUUCCUCAAUCUGCCGUGAGUGACCCGUGACAACGCCAUGGCGCCCAUGGUUAACUAAUCAACCAUGAUCACACGGUCGACGAGAUGAGAGGAACAGAGCACGCAGUGCGUCGGGCUCUUGAAGCUAGGCGCUGUAGUAGUCUCCUAAGCUUACUGUUGUCUAGACCGAUAGUCUCGCGUACUUGUGUAGUUGUGUUGAUGGUUUUUAAUCGCCGCUUUGUACUGCAAUUCUAGUAAAAAGGCUAACAUAUGGGAUAGCCGGGCUCUGCAUGAAUCUGUGCUUGCUUUGACAGUUUG